CCUUCAAAGACAUCAACAUCUAAUCGGCUGUAGUUGAAGUGUAUACACUGCACGCCACUAGCCCCAUUGUUUUUAUUCCGCUGCACUCUGCAUCUGUAUACAGGUCUCGGAAAUUUUACUGUCAAAUGCAUUACCUAUCAGUUUUAUUGAUUCUUGACUACAAUAGAAACAUAUUUACGGCAUAAAUUGGAUAUUGAACAUAGCAUUUUGUCAAUAAUUUAUUGUGAUUCAUAUUUUCAAAUGAAAUAUUUUAACUUUACCAAAACAAUUUUUUAUUUCAAGUGUUUCAAGUUGAUAUCGAGUGGAAGUUUUUAUAGCUAUUCAAAAAGUGUCCAAUGCAGUGAAACGUGGCUACUUUCAUGGGUGUUUUAAGUUGAUACGUUAGGCUACAGGUGAAACUUAUGUGACAUACCGUAUCAUUGGUGAAGUAAGGUGUUUCAAGUUGGUGUUAAUUUUCAGUUGAUUCAGUUACCUACCUACUGCAUAAUGUAUCCAAUGGUGACUAUUGAGUUUAAUACCGUACUUCUAGAGUAGAGUAACUAUGAUUGUCAAUUAAUUGAGCAUCAAAUAAUCAAUGGAUUCCAUAGUAAUAAUAAAAUAUUCAAUUCAAGUACGCUUCUGUUGGAGAACAAUAUUUUAGUUCAAUUAGUGAAUUCUUCUAAACUACAAACUCACAAUAAUUAAAAGUGAUGGUUGUCUAUAUUCAGUAGCUGAGCAAAAAUCGACUCCAUUUCAACUUUUAACAAACUGAAUUUGAAAGUGAUUAACGGUAAUCAGUGUAAGUGCCCUUUUCGUUUACAAUUUAACAAUUUGAAAAAUACAACUGCUUUUAAAAGACAAUCUAGGUACACCUAGAAGAAUGUUGAUAGAAUAAAGUGGAAGUUCCAUAUGAAAAAAAAUCAUCCAUUUCAUUUAGUAACCAAAGUCAAUGGAAUACAAAGUUCAAACUCUGGAUUACACUUUUAAAAUAUCAAAUAAAAGAGCUACAACAAGUUCUUGACACUAAUAACUUGUAAAUAAUCAUUGUUAUUUCCAAACAGUGUUCCAUAGAAAUUUUAUGUCACAUUCAUUCAGAUAAAAAGUGGUUCGUUUCGGGAUCUCGAUUCCAUCUUCGGCACAGCAGAACUCCAUUGAAAACUAAUAUCCUAGCACAACAUGGUAGCAUCUCCAACAUUUCAAUCAGCAAUGAUUCCACAUUGUUUAUUUUACGCUGUUCUGAUUGAAGCAGCAUUUUCUUUCCCGAGAAAAAUUGACAUCGGACAUGCUUUCAAUGAAAACACAAUAUUUUGGGUCGGGAAGUCGCCGUUCACGGUUACAAAUAAGAAUUCAUCAGCAGGAUCUUCUAUGCCUCAAACACCGUUCUACGCGUCCAAUGAUUUUUCCAUUUCGGAGCACGCUGGAACCCACUUGGACUCCCCUUUUCAUUUCAACAAGAUGGGGUGGAAUGUGGCUGAUAUUCCGUUGCAAAAUCUGUUGGUCGAAGGAAUUCUAGUUGAUGUGAGAUCAGAAGUGCAGGACAAUGCAGAGUUCACUUUGCAAAGUUAUCAUUUGGAAGAGUGGGAACAGAUGCAUGGAAAUAUAACCACUACAACUGUCAUACUCAUCAACUUUGGAUGGGCAUCCAAAUGGACAAACAAGACUUUGUACUUUGGCUAUUCAAGAUACCAAUGCCAUUUCCCGAAAAUAUCUAAAGAAGCAGCAGAAUGGAUAGCAAAUAAUGAGAACAUUGUUGGAGUUGGUGUGGAUACAGCUUCAGUCGAUUACGGACCAAAUGAUGAUUACAAAGUUCACAAAGUUCUAUCACGAGCAAAUAUCUUUAAUUUGGAAAAUGUCAACCUGAACAAUGUUGACCUGCCAGCCCGCGGAUUCAGUUUGAUCAUAAUGCCAAUGAAACUUUCAGAAGGAGUAGCAGCACCUUGUCGCAUUAUAGCAAUAAUUAAAGAAGAAAAUGUACAAAACAUUACAAUAAGUACAGUUGACAUGGAAGAAACAGUUAAUGUUACAAAAAUAAUAAAUAAUGCUCCAUGUCACUUGAAAAUAGAUUUCAACUGUUUAAUAAUGUGGUGUUUAAUUACUUUCAGCCGAAUAAUUGGUUACAACUUAUUACAAUAUGACUGAAUACAAAGUAAAUUACAAUGGUUGUUCACAAUAAUGGAAAUAAUUUUAUUUUUUCUAAUGGCUCGAGUAAUUUUUCUUCCUUUACUACUCUUCCCUGGUGUUUCGAUGUAGCCUACUGAACCGUUAUAAUAUUCAUGAGGUGAAAAGGUUUAAA